CUCCUGCUCCCCCCAGCGCGCGGGCCUCAGGUCACGUGGCUCUCCGCGGAGCCGGGCUGACGUGACCCGGUCCCGCUCCCGGCGGGCAGGAGGAGGCGGCGUGGCUCGGGGGCGCCGGUUGCCAUGGAGAAGCGGCUGCUGCUGCUGCUGCCCCUGCACCUGUGCUGGGCCCUGAGCGCGGGGGGCGCCGAGCGCAGCGGGCCCCCCAACCUCCUCAUCCUGCUCAUGGACGAUAUGGGUUGGGGUGAUUUGGGAGUGUUUGGAGAGCCCUCUAAAGAAACCCCUAACUUGGACCAGAUGGCUUCAGAAGGGAUGCUCUUCCCAAAUUUCUACACUGCUAACCCUCUGUGCUCUCCAUCACGGGCAGCGCUGUUGACAGGACGUCUCCCCAUCAGGAAUGGGUUCUACACCACGAAUGCACAUGCCAGAAAUGCCUAUACGCCACAGGAAAUAGUAGGGGGAAUCCCAGAUUCUGAGCUGCUGCUUCCAGAAUUGCUGAAGAAGGCGGGAUAUGUCAGUAAGAUCAUUGGCAAAUGGCAUCUGGGUCACAGACCCCAAUUCCACCCCUUGAAGCAUGGAUUUGAUGAAUGGUUUGGAUCUCCUAAUUGCCAUUUUGGACCUUACGAUAACAAAGCCACCCCAAACAUCCCUGUUUACAGGGACAGGGAAAUGAUUGGCAGAUAUUAUGAAGAUUUCAAAAUUGAUCUGAAGACAGGGGAAGCAAACUUAACUCAGAUCUACUUACAGGAAGCUCUUGACUUUAUUAGUAGGCAGCAAUCCAGUCAACAACCGUUCUUUCUCUAUUGGGCUAUUGAUGCCACUCAUGCUCCUGUUUAUGCCUCCAAACAUUUCUUGGGCACUAGCCAGAGAGGGUUAUAUGGUGAUGCAGUGCGAGAAAUUGAUGACAGCAUUGGGAAAAUCCUAAAGUCUCUUCAAAACCUGGGCAUCAGUGAGAACACUUUUGUGUUUUUCACAUCUGAUAAUGGAGCGGCUCUUAUUUCAGCACCUAAACAAGGAGGUAGCAAUGGUCGCUUUCUGUGUGGUAAACAAACCACUUUUGAAGGUGGGAUGAGGGAGCCAGCUAUUGCUUGGUGGCCAGGCCACAUACCUGCAGGACAUGUGAGUCAUCAGAUGGGUAACGUGAUGGAUCUCUUCACCACCAGCCUCUCCCUAGCUGGAUUGCAGCCUCCCAGUGACAGACACAUUGACGGUAUUGACCUUUCUCCUGCCAUCCUUCAGGGCAAGCUAAUUGACAGGCCGAUAUUCUAUUACCGUGGCAACGAGAUGAUGGCAGUAAGACUUGGGCUUUACAAGGCUCACUACUGGACCUGGAGCAACUCCUGGGAGCAGUUCAGUCAGGGUAUUGAUUUCUGUCCUGGGCAGAACAUUUCUGGAGUAACAACCCAUACUCAGGAGGAACACACCAAACUGCCUCUGCUCUUCCACUUGGGAAAGGACCCUGGGGAAAAGUAUCCAAUAAGUUUUUCCAGCUCUGAGUACCAGGAAGUUAUGGAACAAAUAUUCCCCAAAGUUCAGCUGCACAAGAAGACCAUGGUGCCAGGGGAGCCACAGCUAAACAUGUGUGACAAGGCCGUCAUGAAUUGGGCUCCUCCAGGCUGUGAGAAGCUAGGAAAGUGUUUGGAACCUCCCAAGUCCAAUCCAAAGAAAUGCUUUUGGCCGCACUAAUAUUCCAGCACGCAGGGUCUGCUCGAAAGCUGUAAGCAGCUGAGGUCAUGGUUCACAAUGCACAUGGACACUUGUGUUUACGUCAUGGAAGGGAGUGAUGUAAGAUAUCACAUACUCUUCAGAAAGGACCAUGGUAACAGCAUUACUUCUCAAGGUUAUAGCAAUUAGCUUUUGUUUAAUUCAGUGUCUCUCUUAAUGGGUCAAAUGAGAUGUUGCUGCAAUACAGGGUAAAUGUUCAGUAAUGAAUAUAAUUUUAAAAAGAUAUGACUAGAGAAGAUUUUCAGCCAAUCACAACUCUCAUAUUCCCUCAGGAAUGACAUGGCUGUCCAGUCAACUUGCUCCUUUCCCACUCAGGCUGUUCUCUUGGAUAACUCUUCAUUUAAGUGGCUGAAAGUGGCCUCAAGGAAAGGUCCAAGAAGAAGGUUGCCCAGAACUUUCAUACCCUCCAGACAGAAUAUGCCAGAUUUGCUUUGUUUUACUUUCUAGUCACAUAGAAAUAAUGUUUGUAGCUAGCUGCAGUAAUUUUCAGUAACUGUUUUUUAAAAUUGUACUUAUUGUAAGCUCUUUGAGGCAUGGCUUUAUUUCCCUUUCAUCUUUUUAGUGUGUGUACACAGCACCAAGCACAUUGGUCCCUGGUCCUUGGUUGGGCUACUUACGUGCUAUCACACAACAAACAACACCAACGGGCUCUGUGUCUCCCUGCUGUAAACAUUCCCUUCAAUAGCCCAAUAUUAACCAGCAGCUUCCAAGUGGGAGAAUGCCCUAUAUUUCUAAAGCAUGAAUCUGUAAACACAGCUGUGGUGAGCAUGAGCUAGGUAAUGUUUGUAAUGCGCUUUGAAGAUGAAAAGUGUGAUUUAAGUGCUAAAUUUCCCUACAGUAUUACAGGGAGUUCCUUUGGGACCCAGGGAUGGCCCUCCGGAGCUCAGUGCAUGAUCCAUUCACUUCAGAAAAUCUGGGUUCAGAUAUGAAUUUGGUCAUACUUCCAGCCUGCCAAAGGAAGUCACUUUUCAGUCAUAUGGGCACAGCCAGCUGAAGGCUCAGAAAGCCCCAUUUGCAUCAGGAUCUUUAGUCUUGGCACUGUUCCCAGUUUAUGCUCUAUGGGGAAUUCUUCUCCCGGUGCAAACUGUCCAAGUGCUGCACUCAGCAUCCUGGGGCCAGCAUUCCUGUAAGUGUAGUUGUCAGGAAAUGUGGAUCCCCAGCAGAAUUGCACAUGGAAGGCACUUCCCCUGGCUCUGUAUCUGGUAUUCAUGUACCUCGCUAGUGCUAGUGGCUUUCUGAUGCACAAAGAAAAGUCCUGUGCAGCCUGUCUGGGCCACUGAAGACCCCACUUCUCUCAUUCCAGAGCACCCAUUUGUGUUGAUGCAGAGGUGAGUUGCUUCAGGAAGGAAACAAUCAAGAUACCCCACGCUGCUGCACAGCUCUUCCACUCCUCCCCGCACCAAAGCCCACAACUCCAGAUAAACGGAGACAACCUUAUACCACCUUUUGAGACCCUGGCUCUACACCUUUUGCCCACAUAAGCUCUUCCCCUGCCUCCAAGCCUAAAUAACCCAAUCCUUCUGUUCCCCAAAGUACUUACCUCCUCUAAACCCCUUCACAGAGGCUGGACAGGCCCACGGAUAUUGGAUUGUCAAGAAGUGACACUGGAGUUGGCCUUGGCGCCGUUGGUGUCAGGAAUUAUAACCAGUACCAGAGCCUCACCCUCUAGCAGAGCCCUCUCAGAUCUGCUCAUCUGUCAGUGUGAUUUUUCUACUGUUCUUCAUCGUAUUUACCUUGUGGGUUAGUGUUCCUUGCUAUCCAUCAAAGAUCUCAAAGCAUCUCUGGCUGAGUCCUAACUAUUUUAUGUAUGUCAUCACAGUAUGGCUGGUGCAAAUGGCCCAUUUUGAGUGAUACGCUGGAUGACCGGAGAUGAUGGAUUGGAUCCUGAGUGUAGCCAAGGAAUCAUUACAAAACCGGCACCCCCGUUUCAGAUCUCUCUCCUCUCUGAACUUGACUGCCGCUGGGGCCUGUCACCCAGAAAUGCUCAGAGCUUUACUAUCCAUGUUUAAUACUCUGCACUAUCAGCAGGCAUGGAGAUCAGAAGAUGUUGGAUUCCUUCAUUAUGAUGCUCUGAAAAUCAUUGUCAAACUAAAACGUAAUCAUUAUGAAUGUAACGCUAUGAGAUCCGUGGACGAAAGGCACCAUAUAAACAGGGGUCAAUGCUUGUUCUUUGAGCUCUAGCCCAAACACACUAAGUUAUCGCUCAUUCUAAGCAUUUAUACCAUGCUUGUCACAGUAGGAUCUGGGUGCCUCUUAUCCCAUGUAUUCCUUACCUUCCUCCCCUUUUUUUCUUUCUUUCCCAACUUGUAGUCUGUCUCGAAGAACUGCUUUUUCAUUCUCUGUACUCUCUCUUUUUCCCUGCUGAUACAGGCCCAUCAACUUUCUCAGUAUUUGAUCAGUUACAUGUAGCCCUGAUUUUCAUCACUCUGACAACUCAGUUGCUUGAGAUAACACUCCCACACUCCUGAUCUCUGUGAUCAGAAACAAAGGAACAGUCAGACACCACAAGCCAUCAUCCUUAGUACAUCUGACUGUUCCUUUACUAACUUUAGACUUUGCUAACUCCAGGUGGGUUGCAUCAAUUGAAACAUUCCAGAGGAGCACAUAAUAUUGACAUUUUCCCUCCUUUCUUUCAGUUUCUCUAAGCAUCAUAGUGUUGUGUUAUUGUCUGGGGGAAAAAAAGGGGGAGGGAAGAGAAACCAAUUUAGAGAAUGUGCAAAAAUAAAUAAAACUGAUGCACAAGCUUGUAAAGCAAAAUGGCAGUGCGCCCAGCCAGGGCUCCUUAAUGGGGGCACAGUAAGAGAAAUGUAACAACCUGGGGAUCCCAUGAUUACUUGUUAUGAUUACACAGAUAUGAAGAGUACUGAAUUGAUUAGGUUUUACAAACAGCCUUAAGUGUUCAUUAUAAUAUUUCUAAGAUAUUGAAUUUAUAACAUAUUUCUGGGGUCUGUGAUGUGAUUUGGAAACAGUCAUGCCAAAGUGAUAAAUGCUGAGAAGUGCAGCAUUUAAAGCCAGUUUUUUCAAAAGUAUCUGUGCAAAAUGUCUGCAUGUGCACAUUUAUUUGCAGUAGUUGUGCACAAAAUAGCCAUUUAGAUGUCUAAUUGAUCUAAUUAAUCACUUGCAUGUGCUGUUAUGACAAGUGAAUAUACAGAUUUUGCACACAUCUGCAUGCAGAAUUCUGGAUGCUGUAAGUGAAUUGACAGUGAUAUUUAUUUAAUUCUCUGCUCUGUACUUGUUUCUUUAUAAGAGACAGAAAUUUCAUAUGAAGGAGCUAUUGCUUUAAAUUAAAAUAAGAAUAAUUGUAGCAAAUGGAAAUAGCUGUAUUGUUAAGAAGUAUUUUUAAUCAAUGCCUCUUCCAAAAGUGGACAGUUUUUAAACUUGUAGGCCCAGGGGAAUUGAAGAACAAAAUAAAAGGGUAUUUGAUCAGCA